AGGACAGAGAGGGAGGACAGAGAGAGAGAGAGUUCUGCAUCAGAUAAGACUCCGUCAGCUCCCGCGGCUCACAUCACCAGAGGACCACAUCUGUAUAGACCACACAGCUGGACCUGCAGGAGGUAUGGAUUACCUGAACACCUCCCACGUCACCAACCAAUCAGAUUUCAGCAGCAUCUUUAUCAAGCAGGUGCUCCCGCCGCUCUACGCCACCAUCUUUGUGUUGGGCAUGUGUCUGAAUGCCGUAGCUGCCUGGAUCUUCUUCAGGGUUCCUGCAGACUCGGGGCUGGUGGUCUACCUGAAGAACAUGGUGGUGGCGGACCUCCUCAUGCUGUCCUCCUACCCCUUCAGGGUGGCAUCUCACCUGGGCUUCGGUGACUGGUACCUCUCAGUCAUCAUCUGCCGCUACACUGCGGUCCUCUACUACUUCUCCAUGUACGUGGGGAUCCUCUUCAUAGGCUUCAUUAGCCUGGAGCGCUACGUUAAGGUGGUCCACCACACCCCGACCCCUAACACCACGUCCUCCUGUAGGUCCAGAUUCAGCACGGGGGCCAGGCUGCAGCUCCUGCAAAGUGCCACCUUUGCUCGGGUUCUGGCUCUUGUCACGUGGGGGCUCCUGCUCCUGUGCUGCCUACCCAACACCAUCCUAACGAGCCGUGCCGCCACCGAGCCGAUCUCCCGGAAAUGCAUGGAGCUGAAGACACCACUGGGUGUCCAGUGGCACACGGUGUCUAACCUGCUCUGCGUGUGUCUGUUCUGGGUGACGAUGUUCAUCGUGGCCUUUUCCUACACCUCCAUCGCUCACCAAGUAUAUAAGUCGUACCGACGCAUGCGUCAGGACAAUGUAGACAUCUGCCGCAAGUCCAACCGUAGCAUCUUCAUCAUCCUGGCCGUGUUUUUCAUCUGCUUUGUGCCGUACCACGUCUGCCGAGUGCCUUUCACCCUGAGCCAGAGGCCAAAGUCGGGCUUCAGCUGGAACGCCCGCUUCCUACUGUUCCAGGUGAAGGAGGGAACCCUCUUCCUGUCUGCGCUGAACGUCUGCCUCGACCCCAUAAUCUACUUCCUGAUGUGUCAGACCUUCAGAGAGUCACUGCUGAGAAAACUGUCAAGAAAAGAAAGAAGAAGAUCCCUGACGACUGCCCAGAGCCUCAGCAACAUCUAGGAGAGGCCAGGAGGCAAGGAGACACGGAGACAGGAGACAAGGAGGCAGGAAGAAAGGAGACAAGGAGGCAAAGAGAUGAGCAGAAAGGAGAAAUGAGACAAGGAGAGAGGGGACAAGGAGGCAGGAAGAAAGGAGACCAGGAGGCAGAAAAAAAGGAGACAAGGAGGCAGGAGACAAGGAGACAGGAGACAAGGAGGCAGGAAGAAAGGAGACAAGGAGGCAAAGAGACGAGUGGAAAGGAGACAUGAGACAAGGAGACAAGGAGGCAAAGAGAUAAGGAUAGACGAGACAAGGAGACAGGGGAAAAUGAGGCUGGAAGAAAGGAGACAAAGAUGUAGGACACAAAAUGACAGGAGGCAAGGAAGGAGGAAGCAAGCAGACAAGGAAAGAAAAGGCAGGGAGACGGGAGGAAUAGGUCAGUGGAGAGUCACAUAGACAUUUUCAUAACUUUACUUGUCUUUUUCCUGCUCAGGGUUUAUUUACUAAUUUUACUCAUUUUAAUUUCCCAAUCUGUUACCAUGGCAACACAACAUCCAUUCAAAUGAAUUAAGAGUUUUAGCUUUUGAGCUGCAGACUGAAUGUGACGUUUAAUAAAGUGCAACUGGUUUAUUUCAUGUAAACAAAAGCAGCUUUUAGAUUUAGUUUCAUCUGUUCAGGAAACGAGGAACCAGAGGUGAAUCUGGACUCGGAUGACCCAGCAUCGACCCCGCUGGGUCGUCACAAACCCCUCAUCAGCACCCAGCUGCUCUGGCUUUGUGGUAAUGUGUCCACGCUGAGUUUGUUUAAAGGUUUGGUUUGAUGAACAACAGCUCAGGUUGUGCAAGUGAUGUUGUCUAAAACGACUGAUGGAAACUAGAUCAAACUAAAUCCUGUUUCAAUGCAGAAAAAUGAGUCAAACUGUGAAAAAUAAACGAUGAGUUUCAAACCUGAAAGGUUUUUUAUGUCAUAACAACUCGGCUCAUUGGACCGUGACGAUAAACGGGAACCGAACACACGAGUUUUAUUUAAAAUCAGCCAUUUAAAUGUGGCAAGGUGGAGAAACGAGGGCCCGGGCGGGAUUCGAUCCCCAGACUCCCGGGUGAGAGCCAUACGCUCCACAGGUGUCAAACUCCAGUCCGCAAGGGCCACUAUCCCACAUGUUUGAGUGUUUUUCCUGUUUCAACACACCUGAUUUCAAUCAGCAGGUGAUUAACAGGCUUCUGGAGAGCCUGAUGAGCUGCUGCACAGCUGAAUCAACUGUGUUGGAACAAGGACACAACAAAAAGAUGCAGGCUACCGGCCCUCAAGGACUGGAGUUUGACACCGCUGCGUCAGCCAAAGGGACAUCCCCUUGGCCAAGUAGCCAGGGCGCAUGAUCCAUCGGGACACUGUGACAGGACACUCACACCGUCACAUAAACAACCUGGAACUGAACCAGCAAAAAACAAGCAGCAGCUGUUUACAGGCCGCGUGAAAGGAGACUUUCUGCUGCAUCAGGACCAGAUUAGGAAACACAAACAUUUACAGGCGCUCCCACAUUCAUGUAAACAAUGUUUAUUAGUUCACAAGAUUUUAAUCAGAGGAAGAAUCUGUGAUUCAUGAUUGUCUGUGACAGUUUAAACUCUAGUAUGUUGCAUUUCUUUUUUUUCAUGUUUAUAAUUCAGAUGAUUUUUUUCUUUGCUUUGCUGUUUAUAUUUUUUAUAUAUUGAUGCAAAAUUACUGUGUUUUCAGUGAAGUAACGGCGGCUUACCUGCGUCAAUUCUUUAAAACAAGUUUAUUUUAAAUAAAUAAAUGUUAAAACUACA